AUAGAUCGAAUAAAUAUGUGCUCAUUUCGUGUAUAUAAACCCAAGUCAGAGAUUCCAAAGCAUCAGUUUUUUCGGAAUCACAAGUUGAAGUAACAACAAUUCUCCGAAGAUGAAACUUGCACUAGUAGCAGUGUUGGCUUUCGUAGCUGUGGCUUCUGCCAAGAUCGAAAUCCCCAAUUUCGGCAGGGGUAAGCUCUACAAAGACAUCCAGGAAUUCUUGGAUCUUUUGCCGCAGGACGAGAUAUUCGCGAUCACCCUCGAAUACUAUAGCAGCGACAAAGAAUUCAAAGCCAUGGUCAAAUAUCUCAAAUCCAAAGACUUCAAAAAGCUGGUGAAAGACGUCGAGGCUUUGCCUGAGAUCGAGGAACUGAUGGACUAUAUUCACGAUGCCGGCAUCGAUAUUUACGCGAUAGUGAACUCUAUGAACGAUUGGCUCGGUCUGCCACGUCUCACUCCGCCUAAGGACUUCGUCAAAACACACAUUACCGGUGGAAUCCGCGGAUAUGUCGACGACAUCAUGGAUAUUCUCCCAAUGGAUGAACUCGAUGAACUCUACGAGCAUAAGCUGGAGACAAGUAAAGAAUUCAAAAAAUUCAUCAAACAACUGGAGUCCGAAAACUUCCAAAAUAUUGUCAACGAAGUCUACGACCACCCGAAAUUCCAGGACCUUUUGGAUCAUGCUGACAACGCCGGCAUCGACCUUGAACUCAUCAAGGACUUACUCAAGGAACUCUGGGGUAUCCAUGUUCCUUCCCGCCUUCAUCACCGCCCCAACCCCCGCUUCUUCAUCACCGUGUAAAGAUUAGAGAUCGAAAUUUUUAUCCAUUGUUAAAUUCGUCGAUAUUACGAACUUCAACAAGACACAUUCUCUUGUAAACACUACCGAUUAUUCAGUUAUGUACUUCACUUGUGCAAAAUAGUAAAAGUUUCUGCUUCAACUUGUGCUCAUAUUCUUUAACUUACUACUGGAAUUUCUGAUCUUACAAACAAUUUUGAAAAAUCUCGUUUUAAAUAUUAAUUGAUUCGAUUUCACACAACUGAUAUGACGCGCGGAUACUUACGAACAUUUGAUUCACAUCUGUGGAUGUUGAGAAAAUUCUUUUAAUACUAAAGAAAGAUUUCUAAAACACACCAGCGUCAAUGUCAAUACUAUAGUAUACGUACGUUAGUAAACAUUUCUUUUAAUUUAAGUCUUUGUAGUAAUAGAAAAUAUAUACAAUUGCAGCAAUUUA